GCCAAAUAAACUUUAAUUGCAAUACGUUUUUCGCAAGUUCUGCAAAUCUACUAGAAAUCCAAAGUUUUGCAAAAAAAUUUUUGGAACAUAAUGGAGGAUGGAGGUGGCAAUAGAACAAAAGUUCUUCAAAACACGGGCAAAUUUACGUCGGAUACACGUGCUGAAGGCGAUGACUUCUUCAACGAGGCUGGAUACCGGCAGUCGCGUGAAAACGACAAAAUCGACUCCAAAUAUGGUUUCGACCGUGUAAAAGAUAGCCUUGAGCGUACUGGUUACCUCAUAAAUAUGCACUCGACUGAGAUUUUGGAUGAAGACCGUCGUCUGGUUGCUGCUCUGGAUUUGUUUUUCAUUCAAAUGGAUGGCUCACGCUUCAAAUGUACCGUCGCAUAUAAACCAUAUUUAUUGAUACGACCGGAUGAGAAGCAGUCACAUGAAGUGGCACGUUUUCUAAGUCGCAAAUACUCUGGCCAAUUGGCAAAUGUGGAACACAUAAGUAAAGAGGAUCUCGACUUGGCAAAUCAUUUAGUGGGUAAAAAACAACACUUUCUCAAACUAUCAUUUCUAAAUCAAACUGCUAUGACGAAAGUGCGUCGUGAAUUAAACGCAGCGGUCAAACGUAAUUUGGAACGUGAGAAAUCCAACACAUUUUAUAUGCAAAUGUUGUCGUCUUCACUGGCUGCAUCCAAUAUCGGUAGUGAUGGUGAAAUUAAAAAACAAAUGGAUUAUAUGGAUCUUAUAUUGGACAUACGCGAGCAUGACGUGCCUUAUCAUGUGCGUGUCUCAAUUGAUUUAAGCAUAUUUUGCGGUCAAUGGUACAAUAUACGCUGCCGUAGCGGUGGUUUGGAAUUACCAAUAAUAACACAACGUCCGGAUUUGCUCGAGCGACCUGAGCCGGUAGUUUUAGCUUUUGAUAUUGAAACCACAAAAUUACCGUUAAAAUUUCCGGAUGCACAAACCGAUCAGAUUAUGAUGAUUUCAUAUAUGAUUGAUGGUCAAGGUUAUCUUAUAACAAAUCGUGAAAUAAUUUCCACAGAUGUAGAUGACUUUGAAUAUACACCGAAACCAGAAUUCGAAGGCAAUUUUAUCGUGUUUAAUGAAAAGAAUGAAAUGUAUUUGAUACAGAAAUUUUUCGACCACAUAAUGGAGGUGCGUCCACAUAUUGUGGUGACAUAUAACGGUGACUUCUUCGACUGGCCAUUUGUUGAGACGCGUGCUGCUGUCUAUGAUUUAGACAUGAAACAGGAGAUUGGUUUCUCAAAACUCCGAGAUGGUUUUUAUUUGAGUCGCCCCGCUAUACAUAUGGAUUGUCUGUGUUGGGUAAAACGUGAUUCCUAUCUACCAGUCGGUUCGCAAGGUCUAAAAGCGGUAGCGAAGGCUAAAUUGCGUUACGAUCCAGUUGAGCUGGAUCCAGAAGAUAUGUGUCGCAUGGCUGUAGAGCAACCACAAGUUUUGUCUAACUACUCAGUGUCGGACGCGGUAGCCACCUACUACUUGUAUAUGAAAUACGUACAUCCUUUCAUUUUUGCCUUGAACACAAUCAUUCCUAUGGAACCAGAUGAAAUUUUACGCAAGGGUUCGGGCACGCUGUGUGAAACUUUACUUAUGGUGCAAGCUUAUCAUGCCAACAUUGUAUAUCCCAACAAGCAACAGAAUGAGCUAAAUAAAUUGUCGAAUGAGGGUCAUGUAUUGGAUUCGGAAACUUACGUUGGCGGCCAUGUAGAAGCGCUAGAGUCGGGCGUCUUUCGUGCGGAUAUACCAUGUCGUUUUCGUCUCGAUCCAAAUAUGGUCAAUCAACUAAAAGAUAAUGUAACCAAAGUGUUAGUACAUGCCAUUGAGGUGGAAGAGGGUGUGCCAAUAGAUAAGGUGACGAAUUUAGAGGAGGUGAAUAAAGAAAUAACACAAGCGUUGCAAGGACUCCAUGACAUACCCAAUCGUCUGGAACAACCUGUCAUAUACCAUUUGGACGUUGGUGCUAUGUAUCCUAAUAUCAUCCUUACCAACCGCCUGCAACCCUCGGCUAUGGUCAGUGAAACCGAUUGUGCCGCUUGCGAUUUUAACAAGCCAGGCGCUAAAUGUAAGCGCGUCAUGGAUUGGCUGUGGCGUGGAGAGAUGUUGCCAGCGACACGAAAUGAGUUUCAACGCAUACAACAACAAUUGGAAACAGAAAAAUUUCCACCACUUUUUCCGGGCGGACCGAAUCGUGCUUUCCAUGAGCUCUCACGCGAAGAUCAGGCCGCCUAUGAGAAGAAACGUCUCAGUGAUUAUUGUCGUAAAGCUUAUAAAAAGACUAAAAUUACAAAAUUGGAAACACGAACCUCCACCGUUUGUGAGCAGGAGAACAGUUUCUAUGUGGACACAGUGCGCGCUUUUCGCGAUCGUCGUUACGAGUACAAGGGGCUCACAAAGGUGGCGAAGGCAGCUGUCAAUGCUGCGCUGUCGUCUGGUGAUGCUGCUGAGAUUAAAGCAGCGAAGGGUAGAGAAGUGCUGUAUGAUUCGUUGCAAUUGGCACACAAGUGUAUUUUAAACUCUUUCUACGGUUAUGUGAUGCGAAGGGGUGCACGUUGGCAUUCUAUGCCAAUGGCGGGCAUUGUAUGCUAUACUGGUUCGAACAUAAUCACAAAGGCGCGUGAGAUAAUCGAACGUGUCGGACGCCCAUUAGAGUUGGAUACUGAUGGUAUUUGGUGUAUUCUGCCCGGUUCGUUUCCACAAGAGUUUACGAUACAGACGACACACGAAAAGAAAAAGAAAUUCAACAUCUCCUAUCCCAAUGCGGUGUUGAACACAAUGGUGAAAGAGUAUUUUACAAACGAUCAGUACCAUGAAUUGGUUAAGCCCGCACAAGAUGGCAAAUUGCCGGAAUAUCGCAUACGUGAGGAGAAUUCAAUUUUCUUUGAGGUGGAUGGUCCCUACUUGGCUAUGGUAUUGCCGGCUGCAAAGGAAGAGGGUAAAAAGCUGAAGAAACGUUAUGCUGUCUUCAAUUUCGAUGGUUCACUUGCUGAGUUGAAAGGUUUCGAGGUGAAACGUCGUGGUGAAUUGCAGUUAAUUAAGAACUUUCAAAGUUCAGUCUUCGAAGCUUUCUUGGCAGGCAAUACUUUAGAGGAAUGCUAUGCUUCUGUCGCCAAAGUCGCUGACUACUGGCUGGAUGUGCUUUAUAGUCGCGGUUCUAAUCUACCCGAUUCGGAACUUUUUGAUUUAAUCGCCGAAAACAAAUCAAUGUCCAAGAAACUUGAAGAUUAUGGUGAACAAAAGAGUACUUCCAUUUCCACAGCCAAGCGUUUGGCUGAAUUUUUAGGCGAUCAGAUAGUCAAAGAUGCAGGUUUGGCUUGCAAGUAUAUAAUUUCGAAGAAACCAGAAGGUGCACCCGUCACAGAGCGUGCGAUUCCGCUGGCUAUUUUCCAGUCGGAGCCGAAUGUGCGUCGUUACCAUUUGCGCCGCUGGCUGAAGGACAGCACAAUGGGCGAUGCGGAUAUACGUGAUGUGCUGGACUGGAACUAUUACAUCGAACGUCUGGGUGGCACUAUACAAAAAAUCAUCACCAUACCAGCAGCGUUGCAAGGACUUUCGAAUCCGGUGCCGCGCGUUCAACAUCCCGAUUGGUUGCACAAGAAAAUACUCGAAAAGAACGAUGUGCUCAAGCAGCGACGCAUCAAUGAAAUGUUCAUGCCGAAAGCGAAAACAGCGCGCGAAAUACGUGGCACUAGCGAGGUAGCCGAUAUGGAGGAUUUGGUAGCCAGAAAUACUGCUGAAGGUUCGCUCGACGGGCGACCUGUUGUAACGAAACGCAAGCGCGUGAAUUCGGGUGAAGACGAGGAGACAGAAGAUGUAGCUAACAAGGCAGCCGAAGCGGCAACAUGGCGUCAAGCGUUAGGCGCGCCACCAGCAAUUGGCACAACGCGCGCCGAAAUUAUCGAAUGGGUGCGUUUUCAAAAGAAAAAAUGGGCGUGGCAGUUAGAGCGCCGUUUACGCGUGCGCCAAGCCAACAAGAGGCCACGCAACGAACAAACAUUGGCCCCACUAAUGCCAAGUGGCAGAGAUGGCGUUACAGCCACCGGUACAAUAGGCGGCUUCUUGCGACGCGCACAACGCGCGCUCAUCGAUCACGUGUGGCAUGUAUUGCAAAUAGUGGCAAAUGAUGAUAUGGGUCAUUUCACGGUGUGGCUAAUGAUUGGUGACGAACUGCAUCGCAUCAAGUUGACGGUUCCGCGUAUUUUCUAUGUAAACCAACGCAGCGUGGCGCCACCCGAAGAUGGCCAAUUGUGGAAGAAAGUCAACCGUGUGCUACCACGCGCCCGCCCCGUCUAUAAUCUAUAUCGUUAUAGCGUGCCGGAACAGGUGUUCAAGGAUAAUUGUCUAGGUAUGCUGGCCGAUUUGGCGACGCCUGAUAUUGAGGGUAUCUAUGAGACACAAAUGUCUUUAGAGUUUCGCGCUCUCAUGGAUAUGGGUUGCAUGUGUUCGGUUCAGCGCCAGGAGGCGCAACGUUUGGCCGCGCUCGCCACCAAAGACUUGGAUAGCUUCUCGAUUGAACAGCUGGAGCAACGCUUGCAGGGUCACACAUACUUGAAAGAUUCUCAACACAAAUUGCGUAAAAUAUAUCUUUAUCAACAUAACACGCCAACAGCCAAAAAGGAAAUAUGGGGCCUCUUUCUUUUGUCUAGCAGAAAGGCGCUAAUCUUCGCGUUAGACACAGUGCGCACCAAUCAAAUGCCAAAUAUGCGCACACUAUACACAGCCGAACGCUUGGCGCUGAUCAAAACUAUGAAAGAUGCGGCUGAAAUAGAACGUUUGCCACCGGAAGAGUUCACGUUCGAAGUGCUCAUCGAAGUAGAUGUGAAGCAGAUCUAUCGCCACAUCCAACGCGCGCUUACCGCCUAUAAGGAUGAGAAACGCGGUCCCUCCAUGCUAUACGUGCAAACGGCUACGGAAGCGCGUAAGCUGAACUCGGCAAUGCCUGUCUUACUUGACUUCCCUCAGGCGCUCAUACACAUCACAGACGACGCGUCCCUUUUGUCGGGUUUGGAUUGGCAGCGUCAGGGUUCACGUGCAUUGGUGCGGCACUUUUUGCAUUUGAAUAGUGUGGUCGAGAUGAUGUUGGAUCAGUGUCGUUACUUUCAGGUUCCCAUCGGUAAUAUGCCACCCGACACAGUGCUCUUCGGCGCGGAUCUAUUUUUUGCGCGCAUUCUACAGCGCAAUAAUUUCGUGCUCUGGUGGUCGACCACUACACGACCGGAUUUGGGUGGUCGUGAGGCCGAUGACAGUCGUCUAUUGGCUGAAUUUGAAGAGAGUAUUACGGUCGUACAGAAUCGACCGGGUUUCUAUAGUGAUGUGUGUGUAGAGCUGGCGCUUGAUAGCUUGGCCGUUAGCGCCUUGCUACAAUCAAAUCGCAUACAAGAGAUGGAGGGUGCCAGCUCGGCUGUAACUUUCGAUGUGAUACCACAAGCUUCGUUGGAAGAAAUGAUUGGCACCGUGCCCGCUGCAACGCUACCCAGUUAUGAUGAAACAGCGCUGUGCUCCGCCGCCUUUCGUGUGCUGCGGCAUAUGGUUAACGGUUGGUUGCGGGAAGUAGCACUGAAUCAGAAUAUCUUCGCUGAUUUCCAAUUGAUACAUUUCUAUCGUUGGGUGCGUUCUUCAAACGCAUUAUUGUACGAUCCGGCAUUACGACGUACCUUGAAUAAUUUAAUGCGUAAAAUGUUCUUGCGCAUUGUGGCGGAGUUCAAGCGUUUGGGCGCGACAAUUAUCUAUGCCGACUUCAACCGCAUCAUACUUAAUUCGGGCAAGAAGACGGUGGCUGAUGCUUUGGGCUAUGUGGAGUAUGUAGUGCAGAGCUUACGCAAUAAGGAACUAUUCCAUUCGAUACAGUUGUCCUAUGAGCAAUGCUGGAAUUUCAUGCUGUGGCUCGAUCACGCCAACUACGCAGGCAUACGUGGUCAGCUGCCGCCGGGCGUAACGAGUGACACUGUUUUGUGUGGUGUUGAUGAUGACGAUGAAGAUGGCGAUAAGACAAAUAGCAAAUCGAAGACUAAGCGCCGCACCAAUGAUGACGAAGAGGAGGACGAAGAUGAUAUCGAAGAGAUUGUGCGUCCAGAGGCAGAUGAAAUCGGUACAGCCGACGGUGAAAGUGAGCAACAGCUGUCACUGGAAUUGAACUGGACUAUUGGUGAACAUCUGCCUGAUGAAAAUGCUUGCCGUGAGAAAUUCGAAACGCUGCUCACUUUGUUUAUGCAAUCCUUGGCCGAAGGCAAAGACACCAGACAAGCUAUUAAAGAUAUAUCACAUCCCGCUUUUGAUUUUGUAUCGAAAUUGCAUAAAAAUUACAACAAAGGUCGACCAAGUCCGGGUUUAGACUUGACGCGUGCCGUAGUGAAAGCGUUGAGUGUUGACAAGGGUUUGACCGACGAUGUGAAUGAGUUGCGACGUAACAUGUUACGACUCGUGGGUAUUGGCGAGUUCUCGGAUCUUGCCGAGUGGAAAGAUCCAAGCGACACUUACACCAUUGCUGAAGUGAUUUGUAAAGCAUGUAACCAUUGUCGUGAUUUGGACUUAUGCAAAGACAAACAUCGAGCAAUGAAGGACGGCAUCCCUGUUUGGUUGUGUGCACAAUGUUUCGUAGCGUAUGAAAAUGAGGAGAUCGAAAUGCGCAUUAUCGACGUGGUGCAACGCAAAGUCAUGUCCUAUGUACUGCAGGAUUUAAGAUGCGCACGUUGCAAUGAAAUAAAACGUGAAAAUCUCGCCGAGUUCUGUCCCUGUGCUGGCGAAUUCGUGCCACUUAUAAACGGUCGUGAAAUCAAAGGACUGCUAAGUACCUUCCGACGUGUCGCGGAAUAUCACAAAAUGCAACUGCUGCAGGAGACAGUGGAACAAGUCAUAGCGACGUAACCCGUUAUAUUCUAACUUAAAUCUACUUUUAAGUACGUUUUACUACU